AAAUGGUUGUUCAUAUCUAAAAGAAAUCUAUCUUCCUAAUAAUAUUGCUACCAACCAAACACUCUUUCGUCUCCAACAACACUUCCGUUGACCAAUUUUCAUUUUGCAAUCUGCAGUUUAAUCUGAGAUGGCAGCUUAUGCAGCUCUUGCUUCUCUCUUGAAUACCAUUCAGCAGAUGAUGACCCAUCCUACCCUUUCCACUUCUUUCCACAACAUUAAUCAGAUCCAAUCCCUUCAGGAGAAGGCUGAUUUGUUGCUCGAUUUCAUAGAGACCUUUAAUUAUGGUGGAGUUAGCGAAGAAGCACAAAAUCUCGAAAGCCUAAUCACAUCUGCUGCUCAUACAGCCGAAGAUAUGAUUGAAUCUCACAUCGUCAAUCAACUCCUUCCUCUUUCAGCUGAUGAUCGCGAAGCAGCUUUGAGUUUCUCCUUGUAUCUACAGAAAAAAAAGGGCAAUUGAAGAGAAAAAUGCAGCUGCAGUUGUAGAUGUGGAUCAAGUUCACGGUGGAUCCAACCAAGCAAUUGAUCAUGUGGCUGGAGAUGGAUGCUUGGAGUAUCUGCGACAGAUAAUUGAAGACAUGGAUGCUAUCAUCGGAAAGGCCAAUGAGUUGAGAGUGAGAGAGGACCAACCUCCCACGCAUUCAACACCUCAGUAUACUCAGACCGGAGAAGAAACUGCUAUGGUGGGGUUUCGUGAUGAGUUGAUUCAGCUUCUUCACGAGCUCACCGGUCAACGAUCCAAUCUGCAUACCAUCUCAAUCGUGGGUAUGGGCGGCAUGGGUAAGACUACUCUUGCCAAAAAUAUUUAUGCUCAUCAACUCAUCAUCGAACGCUUUGAUAUUCGUGCUUGGGCUACCGUAUCACAACAAUAUAAUGCUAAACAAAUUCUUGAGCAACUUCUUUCUGGCCUAGGAAAAUCCUCCGAUAAAAGUGUAGAUGAAUUAGGAGAACAGCUGCAUAAAACUUUAUUUGGUAGGAGAUAUUUGAUCAUAUUAGAUGACAUAUGGAGUGUUGAAGCUUGGGAUGAAGUGAGGCGUUUCUUUCCCGAUAACGGAAAUGGAAGCCGGAUUCUUCUACCUACUAGGUUGUCAGAUGUGGCUAACGAUUGUGGCUCUUCUUGUUUUUCAAAGAAUCUUCUAGAUGAGAAUGAAAGUUGGGAAUUAUUCUGUAAGAAGGCAUUCCAAAAUGAAGAUUGCCCAAGUGAACUUGAGGAGGUUGGAAAGGAGAUUGUUAGAUUAUGCAAAGGACUAGCAUUGUCCAUUGUUGUGAUUGGUGGGAGUCUUCUAAAGUCUCCUAGGACAGUAGGAUAUUGGAAGAGUGUUGCCAAAGAUAUAGAAUCAAGUCCCAAUUCAAAAGAGAAAGAAGAAAGCUUAGAUAUGUAUUGUUUUCAAGUCAUAACCACUUGCCUCCUCGUUUAAAGCCUUGCUUUCUUCAUAUUGGAGUUCUUAAGAGUAUUAAUUAUGCAAACCUCGAUAUCUUGAGUAUCAUCCAACUUUGGGUUGCUGAGGGAUUUUUGAAAUCAAAUGGAGGCCAAGUUUUGGAAGAGAUUGCAGAGGAUUACUUGAAGGAACUUGUUGAUAGAAAUCUGAUAUUGGUCGGCAAGCGAAGUAAAAAUGGGAAGAUGAAACAUUGUGAUAUUCAUGAUCUUUUAAGAGACCUAUGCUUAAAAGUAGCAGAUCAACAAGGGUUUUUCCAUGUGAUCCCUCAAGGUCAAGGUCAUGUAGUAGGCACAGAACGUCGCCUCGUAUAUCACAAUGAUUGGUGGAGGCAAACUUCCAGACCCCAACUUGCACGCUCUAUCAUGAACUCUAAAUUUCAGAAGGAGGAGUAUCAUAAACACAGAUUGCUGAGAGUUUUGGAUGUAUACAGUGACGGGUCAGUUGAAGAAUCAUUAAAUGGGUGCGUUAACUUGAGCUGCCUUGCUGCGAGGGAA